CGGCCAACUGCGUGCUUCGCGUUCAACGAUUUUUCGUCGGCAGUUGAUUAUUAGAGGCUGAGAGGAGAGGUCGCGCGAAGUUACCGUAGACUAGAACAAUAAAAUACAAGAAUUCAGCGCUAAAAUCUAAUUUUAACGCACGUUGUGUAGCACGAAUACAAUACAAAAUGACUUCCACAAACUACAAUGUUGGAUUGACUGAUGGUCGUAACUCGAGUAGAGUUUUGAGGCCCCCAGGUGGCGGUCACACCCCACUUUUUGAGGCUGCUGAGCCUUUAGUGGCAAGAAAAGACAACGGCAGAAAUGCUUCCUCCAUAACUGAAGGCAGAAGUGAACCAAAGGCAGCUCCACAACAGGUGACAACUCCAACGGAGGCACCUGCUGCUCCUACCUCCAAUGCAGCACCUACUGUAACUCCUGUAAGUGCUGUAGCACCUACAGCCCCCGUAGCUCCUGUAGCUGCCUCACAGCGUGCCAGGGUGCCCCCAGGAGGGUUCUCUUCCGGUCUCUGGUAAUUUAGUUUUUAGUUUUCUGUACUGACGCUUUACCACUUUUCUUACACUAAGUAAUGUGGGUAAUAAGAAGCCAAAUUUAACAAUGUAUUACUUAUACUUAUUAAUAAUAAUAAUAAUAAAUAAUCAAAAUGUAUUUUGUUACAAUAAGUAUUUAACUAAACUUAACUGACAUGUUCUUGUCUUUUACUGUUUGUACUUUAAAGUACAAUUGUACGUUAUUUUACACAUUUUUUAAUAAAAAUGUUCCUGUUUAUAUGUGUUGUUUUUGUUAUGAUUUUGAACUUUGGUGCUUGAAAAUAAUGUGAUGUGCACAAAUUUUGUAAUGCCUUGACACAAAACGCAAAUAAAUAUUUCAUCAACUA